AUGUGGUGAUUUCCUCGAAGAUUCAUUGAGGAGGAUUCAUCAAUGGAGGAUCCAGGAAUCUCUCUUUGCCCAAGUAUUUACUACAGACCUAUAAACCCUAAUGAUCUAGAUCGUUUGGAGCAAAUCCAUUGCGACAUCUUCCCCAUCAAGUAUGAGUCUGAGUUUUUUAAAAGUGUUGUGAACGGAGUUGAUAUUGUCUCAUGGGCUGCUGUUGAUCGGAGCCGCCCUGAUGAUCACUCUGAUGAACUCAUCGGUUUUGUUACUGCUAAAUUCCUUCUUGCCAAAGAUAGCGAGAUAGAUGAUUUAAUACAUUACAAUUCCUCGAAAGGAGAGGAGACUUUGAUCUACAUCUUGACACUUGGAGUUGUAGAAACAUACAGAAACCGUGGAAUCGCAAUGUCACUUAUUAGUGAGUUGAUUAAAUAUGCUUCUGGUUUAUCCUUGUGUCGAGGAGUUUACCUUCAUGUGAUUGCACACAACAAUCCUGCGAUCCACUUGUACCAAAGAUUGAUGUUCAGAUGCGUCCGGAGAUUACACGGAUUCUAUCUAAUCAAACAACAGCAUUUUGACGCCUUCUUGUUUGUCUACUUUAUCAACGAUUCUCAAACUCCUUGCUCACCCUUAGAGGUGGCGAUGUUAGUUGUGAAUUAUAUGAAGAGUGGAAUCAAGUCAGUGGCAUCUAAGCUGGCGAACAAGGAGGAGAAAGGUUUGAAAUGGCUGGUUUGCAAAGACACGGAUUGCGUCUGACCCACACAAACCAAAUCAAAUCUCGGAUCAUCAUCCGGGUACGAAUUCAUCUGAUUUAAACUAUAAAAAAUAUCGAUUCAUUUUGAUUUCUCAUUCUGCUCUCUGUAAUAAAAAUGUAAAUAGUUACUGUUAUUGUCGCCUUUGUUAAUAAAAAGUCUUGGAUGUUCUUUAAGAGUU